CACGCGGGGAGAGGCAGAGCGAGUGGAAACAUGGAGGUCGGAAACGGCAGGAAGAGGCAUCGUGAAGCAGAAUCGGAAUCGGAGGCGUCAGGCCUGUCCGGAAAAGAGGAGAUGGAGGAGGAGGACGACGAGGACGAGGUCGACGGCUAUGAGCCUUACGUGCCCGUCAAGCAGCGCAAGCAGCAGAUGCUACAAAAGUUGCUGCAGACACGCCGCAAGGGGGUAUUGGAGGAUGAACAAAGUUAUAGCGGCAGUGAGUAUCAUGGUGAUGAAGACGACAUCCCCCUGGGUCCACAAUCCAACGUCAGCCUCCUGGAUCAGCACCAACACCUCAAGGAGAAGGCAGAAGCACGGAAAGAGUCAGCUAAAGAGAAGCAGCUUAAGGAAGAGGAGAAAAUCCUAGAGAGUGUGGCAGAAGGGCGAGCUCUGAUGUCUGUGAAGGAAAUGGCAAAGGGCAUCACAUACGACGAUCCCAUUAAAACCAGCUGGAAGGUUCCCCGGUACAUCCUGGCUAUGUCAGAGGCACGGCACGACCGUGUGCGUAAGAAAUACCACAUCCUCGUGGAAGGGGAAGGUAUUCCACCCCCUAUCAAAAGCUUCAAAGAGAUGAAGUUCCCAGCAGCAAUCCUACGAGGCCUGAAGAAGAAGGGGAUCCAGCAACCAACCCCCAUCCAGAUUCAGGGAAUUCCCACCAUCCUUUCUGGCAGAGACAUGAUCGGCAUUGCGUUCACCGGCUCGGGCAAGACCCUUGUGUUCACCCUCCCUGUGAUCAUGUUCUGCCUGGAGCAGGAGAAGAGGCUGCCGUUUUCCAAGAGAGAAGGGCCAUAUGGGCUCAUCAUCUGCCCCUCGAGGGAAUUGGCUCGCCAGACUCACGGCAUUCUCGAGUAUUACUGCCGCCUGCUGCACGAGGACGGGAUGCCUGCCCUGCGCUGCGCCCUUUGCAUUGGAGGCAUGUCUGUCAAGGAGCAGAUGGAGACCAUCAAGCACGGUGUGCACAUGAUGGUGGCCACCCCAGGCCGGCUGAUGGAUCUCUUGCAGAAAAAGAUGGUCAGCCUGGACGUCUGCCGCUACCUGGCACUGGAUGAAGCUGACAGGAUGAUUGACAUGGGCUUUGAGGGAGACAUCCGCACCAUCUUCUCUUACUUCAAGGGCCAAAGACAGACCCUUCUCUUCAGUGCCACCAUGCCCAAGAAGAUCCAGAACUUUGCCAAGAGUGCUCUUGUGAAACCCAUCACCAUCAAUGUGGGACGUGCAGGAGCUGCCAGCUUGGAUGUCAUACAGGAAGUGGAGUAUGUCAAGGAGGAAGCCAAGAUGGUGUAUUUACUUGAGUGUCUACAGAAGACCCCACCUCCUGUUCUUAUUUUUGCUGAGAAGAAAGCAGAUGUGGACGCAAUCCACGAAUACCUCUUACUCAAGGGGGUGGAGGCUGUAGCUAUACAUGGUGGAAAAGACCAAGAGGAGCGGACUAAGGCCAUUGAGGCCUUCCGGGAUGGCAAGAAGGAUGUUCUCGUUGCCACCGACGUUGCCUCCAAAGGCUUGGACUUCCCAGCCAUCCAGCAUGUCAUCAACUACGACAUGCCCGAGGAGAUAGAAAACUAUGUUCACCGAAUUGGGCGUACAGGCCGCUCUGGGAAUACUGGCAUUGCCACCACCUUCAUCAACAAGGCCUGUGAUGAGUCCGUGCUCAUGGACCUGAAGGCGCUGCUGCUGGAGGCCAAGCAGAAGGUGCCACCGGUGCUGCAAGUGCUUCACUGUGGAGAUGAAUCCAUGUUGGAUAUUGGAGGAGAGCGGGGCUGUGCCUUCUGUGGAGGCCUGGGCCAUCGUAUCACGGACUGCCCCAAGCUGGAAGCCAUGCAGACCAAGCAAGUCAGCAACAUCGGGCGCAAGGACUACCUGGCCCACAGCUCCAUGGACUUCUAAGUGCUCCCUGCCUUUUGGCUAGCCACAGCCAAGCAAAGGGACGGACCUUUCUGCCCUGGAUGGGCAGCUCUUCUCAAAUGCCACUUCUGCUAUAACUUACUGGGGAGACUGUUGUCAGCUGGACUGAGAAAUAAGAUAAGAGUGGACCUUUCCCCUUUUAGGAGCCUGUUGUUACUUCUGUAGCAAUUGUAGAUCCUACCCCAGAAUGAAGAGAUCUCCCAAACUCCUGAGGAUUGGGAGAUGCAGAUGAUAGGGUGCCUUCUGCUACUUUCCAGCAAUCACUUGGUGGGAUGUAUAUGGGUACAACCUACUGUUUAUUUUCAGCUGUUCAGCCCUUCUUCCUUGAAAACGGCAGGCCAAUGAUGCAAUAGUCCAUUUCAUCAGCGACUGUUGUCAUGCAGUGUUGGGCAAGCCCUGUGCUCCUCAGCCAGUGACCCUGAAGAGUAGGCAGGGACUGGUGGAUAGUCAGAGAUUUGCUGCUACGUUCGCCAGCUCCAAUAACCCUUCUGAGGUUUCAUGUAUCCCCGUCCCGUGUGUGCCCGUUCCCAGCCAUGUUGCACGCCUCCAGCAGUCCUGCUCCAGCGCAACUUCUGCAGCUGCAGGACGAGACUUCUGUUUACCCCACCAAUGCUCAUUGAGUCAAAAGUCCCCUGGGACGGUCUGUGUCUCCUGGGACUCGUCUGCCUGUUGUAACUCCCUAUGUGCAUGCAGGCCCCAAAGAGGAAGUUGGCGGGCAGAGGAAGUCACCAGCGCUAUCGUACAUACUGACUCAUUCCUGCGACAGCCGCAACAGCUUAUGGUCUCCUCUUUUCCUCGCUCCUCUUGGGUUGCCUGUUCGGAGCCUCCUCUAUGGAGCACCCUGUGAAAGAGGGGAUUCUCUAUGUCCAGCAUCCCAAAUUUGGGAAGGUAAAUGGGGAUGUCUGAUUUGGGGGAGGGGGGUGGGUGGGGAGAUGGAUUCAGUGGCUUUUGUGAGCCUCGUCACAUUCAGAGGCGCAGGCUCCUAGCAUCUGCCAUGCCGUCUCUAGGGGCGGAGGGAUGCUGUCUGUAAUACAAGAUGGAGCCUGUAAUGGCUGCGAUGACCUGGUCUCUGUUUGCCAGCCUCCUGCUUUAUGAUAUUACUGAAUUGUGAGUUUACAGCAGAAUGUUACGCUGUCUCUGAAAUGUAAAUAAAUCCAAAUGAAAACGAGUUGCUGUAUGAAUUA